UCUCGCCGAGUUCGCAACGUUAUUCUAAAAUAUUUUUGCAGUAAAAUUUACCGAAUUGCUAGUUCAUGUGUGUGCGCCACACUGUCGAAAUUCCAGACAGCAAGAAUGUGGCAGGGAAUUGCUUUUAUUUGGUGCGUUUGGAGUGCAUUUCUAGUGCACAGCAGCCUGCAGCAACAAAUCAACAUUGGUGCCUUUUUUUACGACAAUGAAAUCGAGCUGGAGAAGGAGUUCACGGAUGUCAUAAACGCCAUUAACGGGCCCGAGGCUGAGCAAACUUUCACAUUGAAUCCCUUAAUAAAACGCCUCAGACCCGAAGACGGCAGCCUUAUUCUAAUGGGACACGCUUGCGAUCUCAUAGAUAAUGGUGUCGCAGCUAUUUUUGGACCAAGUUCAAAGGCGGCAAGCGAUAUUGUUGCUCUCAUCAGCAAUAACACCGGCAUACCACACAUUGAGUUCGACGCAGCUGAUGAAGAGCAGCUAGCCGAGAAGCCAAACCACCAGAUGACCCUCAAUCUUUAUCCCUCCCAGCUGAUAUUAUCCAAGGCCUAUGCUGACAUUGUGCAGAAUCUUGGCUGGCGCAAGUUCACAGUUGUCUACGAUGCCGAAGAUCCUAAAGCCUCAGCUCGCUUGCAGGAUAUUCUGCAGUUGCGUGAGUUGCACAACGAUGUGGUAAGAGUGCGCAAGUAUACGAAGGACGAAGACUUUCGUGUGAUGUGGAAGAGUAUCUUGGGUGAGCGUCGCAUUGUUCUCGACUGUUCGUCUGAUAUGCUUGUGGACUUGCUGAAUACCUCUUCAGAGUUUAACCUGACACAGCAGUACAAUAACAUCUUUCUCACCAACUUGGAGACGUACAAUGAUAAUCUUCAGGAUUUGACAGCGGACAACGAGACAUUUGCGGUGAAUAUAACCGCAACUCGGCUGCUGCUCAACCCUGACCCUCAAGCAUAUAUGCAGCAGUAUGGCUAUGUGACCCAAGAAGACAACGUUGUUAGUGAGAGUACCGAAACGAGUCGCACUCUAAUGCUGGAUCUGCUCCACGACAGUCUCCAUCUGUUUGCCCAGGCCUGGCGCAACGCAACCUAUUUCUAUCCGGAUCGCAUGUCUGUGCCGCGAAUGAGUUGCGACUUUGGCCCCACAGGAGGGCGACCCUGGCUGAUGGGACGCUAUUUGGCGCGCUUAAUGAAGGGUACUUCCGGCGUGAAUAGCGCAAGCUUUCGCACCAGCAAUUUGCAGUUUGACGAGGAUGGACAGCGCAUUAACUUCAAUAUUGAGAUUUAUGACCCCGUCGACAACAUUGGCAUUGCCAUCUGGGACACCAGGGGCCAGAUAACACAGCUGAAUGUGAAGGACAAGGUGCAAAAGAAGAUUGUCUAUCGCGUCGCCACUCGUAUCGGCCCACCCUAUUUCACCCUCAACGACACUGCGGUGGCUCUCAAUCUCACCGGCAAUGCCAUCUACCAGGGCUACGCUGUCGACCUAAUCAAAGCCAUUUCCGAGGAGGUGGGAUUCGAGUACGUUUUUGUUCCCGUCGCAGAUCAGCAGUAUGGCAAACAGGACAAGAUAACCAAGCAGUGGAACGGCAUCAUUGGCGAGAUUGUCAACAAUGAUGCACACAUGGGAAUUUGUGAUUUGACCAUUACCCAAGCUCGUCGCACGGCUGUCGACUUCACGGUGCCCUUUAUGCAGUUGGGUGUUAGUAUUUUAGCGUACAAGAGUCCGCCAAAGGAGAAUGAGUGGCAGGCCUAUCUGAAACCCUUUGGUGGAGAGGUGUGGAUCUGGAUUCUCAUCUCCGUAUUUGCCAUGUCCUUUCUUAAAGUUAUUAUCGCUCGCAUUGCCAAGGCAGAGUGGGAGAACCCCCAUCCGUGUAAUCGCGAUCCGGACGCACUGGAGAAUCAGUGGCAUCUGCACAACACUUUCUGGUUAACAGUGGCCUCUAUCAUGACAGCUGGUUGCGAUAUUCUGCCGCGGAGUCCGCAAGUCCGUCUCUCGGAGGCCACCUGGUGGAUCUUUGCCAUCAUUAUAGCUAACUCGUACACCGCCAACUUGGCUGCCUUUCUUACCAACUCCAAGAUGGAGGGCAGCAUCACAAGUCUCAAGGAUCUCAGUGCUCAAACGAAAGUCAAGUUUGGCACAAUCAACGGCGGCAGCACCUACAAUCUGCUGGCCGAGUCCAAUGAGACGGUCUAUCGCCUGGCCUUCAAUCUGAUGAACAAGGCCGAUCCCUCGCCCUACACCAAGGAUAAUCUGGAGGGCGUGGAUCGCGUGGCCACCAGCUAUGGUGACUAUAUGUUCCUCAUGGAGACGACAACGCUAGAGUACCAUCGCGAGAAGAACUGCAAACUGCGCUCAGUGGGCGAAAAGUUUGGAGAGAAGCAUUAUGCGAUUGCCGUUCCUUUUGGCGCCGACUAUCGCUCCAAUCUGAGUGUUGCCAUUCUCCGGCUGAGCGAGCGGGGAGAACUCUUUAAUAUAAAGCAGAGAUGGUGGAAGCAGAAAAACAACACCUGCGUCGAAGAGGCGGAUCCAAAUGCCACGCCCGAUAUGACCUUUUCGGAGCUGCGCGGCAUCUUCUACACUUUGUAUAUAGGCAUUCUGAUUGCCUUCAUCAUUGGCAUUAUUGAGUUUUUGGUCUACGUGCAGCAAGUGGCACUCGAGGAGCGUCUUGAUUUCAAGCAGGCCUUCAUCAAGGAAAUUAUAUUUGUGCUACGCAUUUGGAACAACAAGAAACCUAGCUCAGGAUCUACAACCGCCUCCAGUCUGCGCAGCACUUCCCUUCGCUCCAUCGGGAAGUCCAUGGAGCGCACACCGAAAUCGGCGCGUCGCAUUGUCCUCGGCCGUUCCUCGGAGGAGAUGCGCGAGUUGCCGCUGCCGCCGGCGACGCGUCCCUCCCCUAGUUGCAGUGGCAGUGGAGAAAAGGGAAGCGAACGAGAAGGUGAAGAGGAAGAAGCCCGUGUCUGAUGUUGUUGUUAGCUGUUCUGUUACGAGCAUUUCAGCUCUUCAGUUAUUUGCAAUAAAAACUACGCCCAUCAUUU